CUAAACCCAACAAGAGCAAUCAUGCAAAUAGUUAAGAAGCAACAACCAAAUUUCUCACUUUUCAAAAAUUAUUAAGUAGUUUGAAGUCGCUUAAAUAAUUUGUAUGCAUACAAAUAAUUGCAGCAAAGACUUAUAAGCUGCUUAUUAAUCACUACUUUCACCAACGUUAGCUCAUAAACCCAUCUCCAAUUAUACAUGGCUUCCAACCAAACAUCAUCAUCAUCAUCUUCUUCUUCUUCUUCAGCUGCUCCUAUGAGGAAAUUUGAUGUGUUCCUUAGCUUUAGAGGCGAGGAUACUCGCAGAGGCUUUACUGGUCACUUGUAUGCUGCUUUGAAUCAAAGACAUAUUCACACAUUUAUGGAUGAUGGAAAGCUUGAGAAGGGGAAAACUAUUGCACCAGAACUUCUUAAAGCCAUUGAAGAAUCAAAAAUUGCAGUUGUAAUUAUAUCAAGGAACUAUGCCUCUUCAACAUGGUGUUUAGAAGAGCUUUUGAAGAUUUUUGAGUGUCAUAAUAAGAGUGAUGAGAAUAAUGGAGAGAGAAUAACAGUUUUUCCUGUUUUCUAUCAAGUGGAUCCAUCACAUGUCAGAAAGCAAACCGGAGUUUUUGAAGAAGCGUUUGCUGAACAUGACAAAGUUUUCAAAGACCAUGUCGGAAAGGUCAAAUUGUGGAAAGAGGCCUUAACUCAAGUAGCCAGUACUGUCGGAUGGGAUUUGGGACUCAGGCCUGAGCAUGAAGUUAUUAAUGAAAUAGUUGAAAAGAUUUCAUGUUUAUUAAAUCGCACAUCAUCAAGUACUAAUAAAAAGGAUUUAGUUGGAGUGGAUUCUAGAAUUGAUAAAUUGCUUUCAUACUUGGAGUUAGGGAAGUCAAAUGAAGUUCUUACCAUAGGAAUAUGGGGGAUGGGUGGUAUAGGUAAGACAACUUUAGCUCAAGAAAUACUUGGAAAAAUCAGACACCAAUUUGAUGCAUUUUGCUUUGUUCGAAAUGUAAGGGAGGAAUCUGAAAAGCAUAAUGGUCUAGCUCAAUUACGAAAAGAUUUAUACAAUUGCUUGUUAGGAUAUAAUUGUGACUAUUUUAGUAGUCUGGGAAAUAAUUACAAUAGAUUGUGCUAUAAGAAGGUUCUCAUCAUUCUAGAUGAUGUUGAUCAAUCAAAACAGAUAGAGACUUUGGUGGGAAACUAUGAUGAGCAACAUGAAUUGUUUGGACCAGGGAGUAGAAUCAUUGUAACAACUAGAAAUGCACACUUGUUAAAGAGAUUUGGAGAGAAUAACAUCUAUGAAGUUGGUAAGUUGGAUGAAGAAGAAGCUAUUAAACUCUUUUCUAGGAAAGCCUUUCAAAUGGACCAUCCUACAAAUGGUUAUAAAGACAAGUCCAUUGAAGUUGUGAAAUAUGCCAAUGGUCUUCCUUUGGCUCUUGAAGUGUUGGGUUCCUUCCUUUAUGGGAGAAAUAUAGAAGCAUGGUCAAGCACAUUGGCAAGGCUAAAGGAGCAUCCUAAUGAAGACAUUGUUGGUCCACUCCAAGUAAGUUUUGAUGGAUUAAAACGUACAGAGAAGGCAAUGUUUUUGGACAUUGCUUGUUUCUUUAGAGGAGAGGAAAAAUGUCGUGUGAUAAAGAUACUAGGAGCUUCUGAUUAUUCUCCUCUUAUCGACAUAGAUGUCUUGGUUGAAAAAUCUUUGGUGACUUAUGUGGGAGAUAAACUAUGGAUGCAUGAUUUAUUACAGGAGUUGGGUUGGGAUAUUGUUAGUCGAGAAUCCCCAAAACAACCUGGAAAUCGUAGCAGAUUGUGGCUUCAACAAGAUAUCCUUAAUGUACUUGAAGAGAAUAAGGGAACCCAAGCAGUGGAAGGCAUGUUCUUACGCUUGCCUAAAACAGAGCAAGAGCUAAACUUGAAUGUUGAUCCUUUCUCGAAGAUGUGUUGUAUGAGAUUGUUGAAGAUAUGUAAUGUGAAGUUUUCUAGAUGUGUUAUUGGUUCUCUUUCUAAGGAGUUACGACUUUUGGAAUGGCAUGGAUAUCCUCUUAAAUCUUUGCCAACAAGUUUCCAACCUCGUAAACUUGUUGAACUCAACUUGUCUAAUAGUCGCAUUGAGAAGAUAUUAUGGAAAGAGAACAUGGUAUCAGAAAUGUUAAUGAUGAUCAAUCUUAGCAAUUGUCAGUACUUGACCAAGAUCCCAAACUUCAAUACAACCCCAAAUCUUGAAAAAUUGAUUCUUAGAGGCUGUAAAAGACUAUCAAUGAUUCAUCCAUCCGUUGGAGUUCUCAAGAAACUUGUUUUAUUGAAUUUGAAAGGUUGUGAAUCUCUUCAGAUACUUUGCAAGGAGAUGGAGUUGGAAUCUCUUGAAACUUUAAUUCUUUCGGGAUGUUCAAAGCUUAGCAAGUUUCCAGAGAUUGUGGGAAACAUGAAAGAGUUGACUCAACUUUAUUUGGAUGGGACUGCUAUAGUUGAGCUACCAAAGUCCAUCAAGUGCUUAAGUAGUCUUACUUUGUUGAAUCUGAAAGACUGUAAAAAUCUUCUGACUCUUCCAAACAUCAUUUGUAGUUUGACUACUCUUACAAAUCUUAACAUCUCAGGCUGCUCAUGUCUUGAUCAGUUGCCAGAGAACCUUGGAAAUUUGGAAUGUUUGGAAGAACUUGAUGCAAGUGAAACCGCCAUUAGAGAAGUACCUUCCUCCAUUUCACUCCUAAAGAACCUCAAGCAUUUAUCUUUCCGCGGAUGCAGUGGCAUGCCUAAUAAGUCAUGGUUGUUGAACUUAUGUAACUGUUUGUUUGCUGUAGAAGGCUCUGAACCUGUUGGCUUGAUGUUACCUAAUUCCUUCUCGGGCUUAUUGUCUUUGAAGUCGUUAGAUUUAAGUAAAUGCAGCAUACAAGAAGGAGCUGUCCCUGAUGAUCUUUGGCAGUUAAGUUCACUGGAGGAACUUGAUUUGAGUGAGAACAAUUUUAGGAGCAUGCCAGAUAGCAUUUGUCAACUAUCUGAGCUGAGAGAACUAAGGUUAAAUCGUUGUAGCAGGCUUGAGUCACUGCCUAAACUUCCCUUAAGUGUCAAAUAUGUGAAUGCUCGUUAUUGUGCUGCCCUAGAAACUUCAAAUGAACAUACAAUAUGGAUAUCAUCAAAGGGACUUUGUGUUAUAGAUUGUCAAAAAUUGAAUGAGGAAAAAGAAUGCAAAGGGUACAAGAUUCCAACUUCUAACAAACAUGUUGUACCCCUGCUUCAUACAUCCUGUGAGGAUCACGUUUAUCGUGGAAAUGAAUUCACACACUUUUUUCCGCAUACUACAAUUCCUGAUUGGUGCAGCAACUCAAGUACUGGCUCUUUAGUUACAAUCCAAUUACCACCAGAUUUGGAACAUAAUAAUAUGUGGAUGGGACUUGCUUUAUGCAUUGUUUUUGAAGUGCAAACACAGGUAAAUACGAAUUCAACUGUUCUACCAGCCAUUUGUCGUUUUUACACUGAUGAAGAUUGCAUGGAGAUCUCCCUUGGUCAGUUCAAUGACAAAGAGUAUAUUACUAGUGAAGAGUCAUAUGGAGUUUGCAAGUACAUACCUCGAAAAUGUUUUGAUGGGCACUUAGAUAAGGCAAGUCGUGUUGAAGUUUCAAUAUCCUUAAAUAGUACUUGCAUAAGUGUGAAAAUGUGUGGGGCUCAUCUCAUAUAUAAGCAAGAUGUGACAAAGUUUGUGAGAGAUUUGUUUCCUAUUGAUGACGUUCAAGAUUAUUUCAAUCAUUGUCAAGAUAUAGUAGAUCGGGUAACCAAAACAAUCCCUGUUGGUGAGGUGGAAUCUAUUAUAACAGAUCGAAGAAUAAUUGACAUGAUGGAAUCUGCUGAACAAGAACAUAAAGGCACUUCUAGUGAGCUAUCGGAUGAGGCAGAAUCAAAAUUCACUUCACCAAAUAGGUUCUUGCUUCACGUAGAUUCAACUGAUUCUACAAUUUCAAUUGCAAAACAAGGGUGGAGAAGCUUCUCCACCAUGGAGCUGAGAAGUAAGCUGCAAUUAUCGCUUUCAAGACUUUUUCAGGAAAGUUAUGCAGGUUAUCUUGAUUUUGGAUGCAUUUUUCCUCUCAAAGCGAUUUUGCCUUGGUUCACCUAUCAAUGUGUGGGACGUCACGCCUUCUGUUGUCUUACUCCAAACUUAUUAGAGGAUAAGAAAUGGCUAGGAUUUGCUCUCUAUGUUGUGUUUCGUAGCCGUUUGCCUUUCUCACUUAACAAUUUGGACUCAGAAUCUUCGGCUUCCGUUGUUGCUCAUUUGCAUAUCAAACCAGGUGGAAUGUUGCACUCAACACGAUUUUCACUCAAAAAUGACAAUUUAGUAGGCUCGGAACAUCGACUUGUUCUACUUUAUGUACCAUGUGUGCAUUUUCCAAAAGUGUUGAAUCAGUGUGGACAAAUUAAUGCUUUGUUUGCAACUUCCAACUCAGAUUAUUUAGAGAUUGAAAUCUGUGGGAUCCGUAAAGUAUACGAGAAUGAUAUGAAAGAUCUCAUCCAAACAAUAAUUGAGUGCACAAUAGAGAGUCCAAAUGUACACCAUGAGCAGUAUCGUAAAACAUUUGGAGACAUGGGGAACAAGAUUCUUGAUGAAGUUGAUAUUCCAAGUGAAGAAAAGGACUUCAAUUUGGGCUACUGUUAUUCCAAAUUACCAAGGGAGCAUAAAAUUUUGCAUCGACAAGUGCAAGAAGUGGAUUAUAACUCAAAAUUUAGUAAUAGUCAGUCACAAUUGCCAACUGAGAACGGGAAGGACAUUACUCAGCAUUUUAUUCAAAAAUAUUAUCAGAGCUUUAACCAAUUGUUGAAGUAUAAUUAUUGUUUUCCUCCAAGUGAAAUUCCAAAGUUGUUCCACCAUCAAAAUAAUGAUUACUCAAUUAAAAUUCAACUACUGCCUGAAGAGAGCAAUUGGAUUGGACUUGCCUUGUGGGCAUAUUUCUCAACUGAAGAGUCUUUAACUGGCAAGGUUGAUGAGAAUCAAGAAUCAGCAUAUUCCCACUUCCUUAAUUGUUAUUUGGAAACAGAUGAAGGUAGCCUGGAACCUAUUCACUCAUACCGAAUCACAAAUGAAGAAAUAAAGUGGUUGCCUCAUCUUGGAGGAUUCAUUUGGUUAUCUUACAUACCAUGUGGAUCAUUGUCAGAUCAGUUCAUCAGUUUCAUUGAAGCUUCAUUUGGAAGCGAGCGGCCCGGUUUGUUGGUGAAUAAUUGUGGAAUCCAAUUGGUAUAUGAUCAACAAGAAUUUGAGCAAAUGAUACUUCAUUGCAUGAAUGCCUUUUUUGAGGAUUGGGAUCUAAUGCAAGAAAGCCUUGUAGAGAACAACUCAGCUUUAGAUGUAAGUCCAUCUUCAACAGACUCAGAGUCAGAGCCUACUUAUAUUGUUUUAGACAUAACAGCUGAGACAGCACUCUUGGAAAGCCAUUCAACAGCCGAGUGGAUAAAUAACUUGGAGAAAUUUCUUAGCAAGUACUUCAAGGUUUCUCUGGUGGUCAUGCUCAGUCUUGCAGGCCAUACAAUCUCAUUCCUUAGAAGCUUUGAUCCUUACUUCAGAUUUAACUUUUGUUUUCCUCGGAAAAAAGUUUUAGAGUGGUUCAAAUAUCAGACCGAUAGGCCCAAGGUGAUAUUCCAAAUACCCCGAGAUCUAUACGAUGAUAAAAACUGGAUGGGAUUUGUGAUGUGUGCUGCCUUUACUGUUCACGAGCACCCUGCUGCUAUUCUCGACAACCUUUGUUCUGAAAUGGAUGUCCACCUUAUGUGUCAUUUCAUAUUGGAUCAAGAAAAUUGUCUAAUGCCUGCACCAAUUUUCCGCAUCAGUAAAGAGAAGUUUAAGUGGUUGAAUCUUCGUGGCUUCAUUUGGUUAACUUAUAUCCCGAAGAAUGCAUUUACAGAGUAUUUGAAUGAAGUAAGCUAUGUACAGGCUGAAAUGCAUAGCUUUGAUUGCCCUGGUCUGGAAGUUGAGAGGUGCGGCAUGCGUCUUCUUUACCAAGAUGAUGUGCAAGAGUUUCAACAAACAAUAAUCAAGUGUGUGACUUCCUUCUUUGAUGAUUUGGAUCCCAUAUGCCAAUUUUUGAAAGACAAAAAUAAGGAAAAAUCUCCUGAUUUUGAUGACUCUUAUAUUGUUCCUCGAAACCAAAGAACGGACAUUGAGCUGCUAGUAAUAGAGUUUCAUCGACAUUCCAUAUAUAAUUCAUGUUUCACUGCAACUGAGAUUCUUGAGUGGUUCAGAAAUUAUAAUACUGGAUGUCCUUCAGUCAAAAUUGAGCUGCCUACUACUCUAUUAUUUGAUGACAACUGGAUAGGAUUAGCAUUAUGUGCAUGCUUUUCUGAUCUUGAUUAUAAGCAUCCAAGUGCCUGCAACAUUGACCAUUUGGAUAAUACAAGGCAAUGUUCUCACCGCCUUAUUUGUCAUUUGCAAACUGAGCGAGGCAGCCUAGAACAUCUCCAUGUCCACCAAACCACCAAUGAAGAAUUCAUAUAUUUAGACCAGCAAGGCCGAUUCAUUUGGCUUUCCUACAUACCAAAAGGGUGGUUUUCGAAUCAGCAGCUAAAUGGAUGUAGUCUCUUAGAGGCUUCAUUUGUGAGUGACAGUGGAAGAAGCUUGCAUGUUGAAAAGUGUGGCCUCCGCCUUUUGUUUCGACACGAUGAGGAUGAGUUUAAGGAAAGUAUUGCUUACUGCAUGAAGUCAUUGUCACAAAAUGAGGAUUUUGUUUGUCUCAGUAAUAAAAGCAAAACCAAGCCGUAUUCUAAUGGCACCAUUGGUUGUGAGGCAGGUACUAGCAUAGAUAGCUGCAGCAUUGCUAAGGUGGAUCCUAACUCAGAAACAUCAAGAGGACCUAAUCCGACAAGCAUUAAAGGUAAGGAGAAACUUGUUUUCGAAUAAUCUCUAUCUGGACUAUUUCAACUACUUCCAUGUGUAUUUCUUCAACUUUUGGUUGUGAAGGUAUUGUUCUAUUUUUGUAUUCAAUUUGAAAGUUUGGUUGUACUGUUACUCUGUCCAUAACAUGUAUUAUCCUAUUCUUUGUAAUUAAUUUAAAAAUAAUAACUGUUUAAGUUUGCUAGU